GGAGGCCAGUUCCCUAGCUCCAGCAGCGGUCGCCGCCGCCUGUGUAGUUGCAGCCGCUGCCGUCUCCCGCCAGCUCGCUCCGGGGAAAGAGAACGCGCGCGAGCUCGGGCGUCCCCGCCCCAGGCUUUCCUGUAGCCAUGAAUCCCAAUUGCGCCCGGUGCGGCAAAAUCGUGUACCCCACCGAGAAGGUGAACUGUCUGGAUAAGUUCUGGCAUAAAGCAUGCUUCCAUUGCGAGACCUGCAAGAUGACACUCAACAUGAAGAACUACAAGGGCUACGAGAAGAAGCCCUACUGCAACGCACACUACCCCAAGCAGUCCUUCACCAUGGUGGCCGACACCCCGGAAAACCUCCGCCUCAAGCAACAGAGCGAGCUCCAGAGUCAGGUGCGCUACAAGGAGGAGUUUGAGAAGAACAAGGGCAAAGGCUUCAGCGUCGUGGCAGACACACCCGAACUCCAGAGAAUCAAGAAGACCCAGGACCAGAUCAGUAACAUAAAAUACCACGAGGAGUUUGAGAAGAGCCGCAUGGGCCCCGGCGGGGGUGAGGGCCUGGAGCCUGAGCGCCGAGAUUCCCAGGACAGCAGCAGCUACCGGAGACCCCAGGAGCAGCAGCAGCCUCACCACUUCCCAACCAGCCCCCUGGCGUACCAGCAGCCCCAGCAGCAGCAGGCCGCCCCGUCCUAUGGAGGCUACAAGGAGCCUGCAGCCCCAGUCUCCAUACAGCGCAGCGCCCCAGGCGGGGGUGGGAAGCGGUACCGCGCAGUCUAUGACUACAGCGCCGCCGAUGAGGACGAGGUCUCCUUCCAGGAUGGGGACACCAUCGUCAACGUGCAGCAGAUUGAUGAUGGCUGGAUGUACGGGACCGUGGAGCGCACCGGGGACACAGGAAUGCUGCCGGCCAACUACGUGGAGGCCAUCUGAGCCCGCCGGGCACUGCCCCGCCCCACCCUCCUUCAGUGCAUUCCACAGCAUCGCAUCGUCCUGGGCGUGACCUGUCCACCCUUCAGUGUCUCUUGUGUUUUUAAAUCUGCGACAGCUUGUUUCUUCCUACCCUCCUCCAGCUCCUUUUGCCAACUGAAGCCUUGUUCUGCCACUUUUGCGGGCUCCUUCCUCUGGCAGGUUUUCCCCUUGACCAGUGUCUUGGUUUUCUCUUGGAUGGAACAGGUGUGGACCUUCCUGGGGGAGGCCGAGGCCCGAGGGGCUGCUCUGGAACGGGAAACCCAGCGGCUCCCACACCUCCUUACCUUCUCUCUCUCUUUUGGCCCCCUCAGGCCCUUCCGCCCACCUCCUUACACACCCGAACAUUCCAGGGCUGGGGCGAGCCCCAGACCCCCAGGCCUCCUGGGGGAGGGGCUCUAUACAUUCCUGGGAGUGGAGCCCCAUCCCUUUUGCCCUUGUCCCCGGAGUGGGACAGGUGGGCGACUGCACUGGGUAGGCACCAGUGAGAGGGCUUUGCCUCUGAAAGAUGAGCUGCUGGCUCCCUGAGGGAUCCCCUCUCCCACCUCUCCCCCUCUCCCCUUCUCAAAGACAGCAAAGGAGGGUCAAGUCCCCACUUUGGGGCCCGCUUACCCUCGCAGUGUUCCUCCUCACACUGUGAUUUUGCUCUCCUGCGCACCCGCACCGGGCGUGGGCUAGGAGCUUCCCCAGGAAGCACGGCUUGGGUCAAGUUCUGGCCUUUCUUACUUUUAGGGUCAGCUGCAGAAAGGAAGGGAUGGAGAGCACCCAUAGCCCUUUUUUUCCCUCACUCUCCUCAACCUCCAGGGACCCUGCCUUGCCUCCUUGGCUGGACACUGCGGUCCUGAAAGGUGGGGCAAGGAAGCCUCUGGCCUCUUGGCUGUCGAGGCUCAGCCCCCUGAGAUCUGGGCUGGGUGGGCCACUCCCUGCUACUCCUCAUGGGAAGACACCCUCCCUGUGGCCUCCCAUCCCCCGUGGACUGGAUCUGUCCAAAGCCACAGGAUCCUCCGCAUCUCCAGGACUUAGCGUGUGGGGGAAGGAGCAUGUGUGUCUCUAGCUGUGUGAGCUGGCGUGAGCGUGAGCAAAGGGUCAGGGUGCGGGCUGCAGGAGCCUCUGGGCUGAUGCAGGGUGCACAGGACUGUUUUCCCCUGAUACUUUCCUCAAAACCCACAGCGACCGGGGAGGGGAGGCCCUAGGGGAGAGAAGUUCCUUAGUUUUCUUUGGAAUGAAAGUUCCUCCUUCUGUCCAGGAAUGGAGGAGCCCACCUACCCCUCUUGCAGUGUGCCGGGGCGAUUGGAGACUGGCGGGGGCUGGUAGAGCCUGCUGGGAUGGGGCAGAGGAAGGCACCGUGGCCCCAGGCAUAUUCCCACCCCCUACCGCUGUGCCCUGCACUGCAGAGGAGGCACCAGAGGACCCUGUGUAACCCACACUGUGGGUGCCUUAUUCGGGGAGGCUCCCCCCAGGCCUCUCCCUUACUUACCUAAAGCCCCCUUGAGGUGUUGGGAAAGGGUCCCAGGGCUACAAAACUGGAAGCACAGACCCCGGGAUGAGGAGGGGAAAGUGGUGCUAUCUCCAAGUCCCUUCUGUUCCUCACUGGUGGCUGUGACGGCCCUUGCCUGGCUUUAUUCAUCUCUGGGCUUUCUCGUUACCCUCUGGGCCUCCCCCUCCCACCUUCACCCUGAGUCCACUCAGGCCUCACAGUGGACACCUUUGCAUCCUCAUACCCUGCGGUGGUGGGCCGCAGGCGCGAUCAACAAGCCCUCGUUGCUUGUGAGUUGGGAAUAUUUACUCCAAAUCAGGGAGCUCAGGAGAUGACUGCAGGGGGGAGUGGGGGGCAGGAGCUCCUGCCUGACCAAUAACCCCUUUUCCUGCUUGGCCCCAGCCAGGUGAGGGCAGAGGGAGGGUGUCACACUGGGUGAUUUAGGGGGACGAGGGAGCAAUAUUGGAAGCCUUGGGAGAGGUGCUGGAUCAUCCCUUUCCUCUUGAUCUCAAAGCACAGCAUGGAUUGUGGGACCAAAGGUCAGAGACACAUCCUGCCGGAGGACCUGCGGUUGGGAGGGCGGGAGGAGGAGCAAGAAAUAGCCUCCUCACUCAGCUGCAUUUUCUUUCCAAAACAAGGCAGGCCAGCCACUGGAAUCUUGCUGCCGGCCCUCUGCUCCUCCCAUCCUAAAAAUAGGGGGCCUUUUCUUAUACACCCCAGAGAGAGCAGGGACUGUCACACUGGUGCUGAGGGACCCAGGGGCUACUGGGAGUCCUUGUUCCUUUCCAGAACCAUCCAUCCCUAAAAGAGCACAGAAUCUGGGGGCUGAGCUGAGGCCCAGAUCUUCUCUUACAGUUCACAGAGGUCUUUUAGCCCGUGUCCCAGGAAAGAAGAUAACAUCCAAACUAGAAUGUGAAUAUAACGUCAGUGGACCAAUAAUAAAACACAAGAAGCCCAAUGGUGAGAAAGGGAAUUUUCUCAACACUGCUUCCUGUUUUCUUCCUCAUGUCCCUCCAGGGAAAACUAUUGCUUAAUUUCUGCCUUUUUUCCCCUUCACAUAAGCACUUUUGGGCCCCCUCCUUUU